AUGAGUGGUGAAGAGAUUGAAAAGAAUGGUAAUAAAGAAAGUGAGGAUGUUGAUAAUGUAACUGUUGAUGAUACAACCAAGACUGUUGUUAGUACCAAUGCUACUGAAGAGACAGCAGCAGCAGCAUCGCAAGAAAAAGUUAGACUAUUAGUUAAUCAAUUGGCACUUUGGGAUGCAAUCAAUUCACAGCCUACCACUUCAGCUAAUGAAGUAACUGAGAAGAAUGAAGCAAUAGAAAAAAAUAUCCCCCAUGAUGAAAUUCGUAAAGAACCUUAUAACCUACCAAAGGAAUUUGAAUGGACUUCAUUAGAAUUAAACAAUGAAGAUGAGUUGAAAGAACUUUAUAAUCUUUUAACAAAUAAUUAUGUGGAGGAUGAUGGUGCAAUGUUUAGGUUUGAUUAUUCACCUGAAUUUUUGAAAUGGGCACUUAUGCCACCAGGUUAUUUAAAAGUUUGGCAUGCUGGAAUUCGUGUUACUGCAUCAAAAAAACUUGUUGCAUUU